GAACGCGCGGAUGGAAUUUGUGAAAGCUCCAGCUGUCCUCUCACCACUUCCGCCGUUUAUCCAUGGAGACCGAGUGAAAGCAAACGAAUUUCACUUUCCAAUUCAACUCUCCCCCCACCCGCCUUUCACAUACCAACAUCCUUCUCAAAUGUUGACACUAUUUACCACCUAGUUGCAUUGUCUCGAGGCAGCACUCCCCCACAAUGGCUGUCACAACCGGCACCAGCUCUACGCCUGUCGAUUUACUCGUCAGCGUGGGCAAGAACCAGAGCACAAAAACCCUGUUAAGGGUAAUUAUUCUCUGCUUCAUUGCCGGCGCCGCAAUUGCAAGUCGGCUAUUCUCCGUCAUCCGCUUCGAGAGUAUUAUCCAUGAGUUCGACCCGUGGUUCAACUUUCGAGCAACAAAAUACCUGGUUGCCCAUGGAUUCUACGACUUCUGGGAUUGGUUCGACGACCGAACAUGGCAUCCUCUAGGGCGAGUUACCGGAGGUACCCUCUAUCCCGGAUUGAUGGUCACAAGUGGUGUUAUCUACCACCUUCUCCGAGCUUUAGCUGUUCCCGUGGACAUCAGAAAUAUCUGUGUGCUCCUUGCGCCAGCCUUCUCCGGCCUGACUGCUUUCGCCUCCUAUCUCCUUACCAAUGAGAUGACCACAUCCCCAUCUGCCGGUCUUCUCGCUGCAGCUUUUAUGGGCAUUGCUCCGGGUUACAUCUCGAGAUCUGUAGCUGGUUCCUACGAUAACGAGGCCAUUGCCAUCUUCCUCCUUGUUUUCACCUUUUACCUCUGGAUCAAGGCUCUGAAACAGGGCUCCGUACUAUGGGGUGCCCUCUGCGCCCUCUUUUACGGGUACAUGGUAGCUUCGUGGGGUGGAUACGCUUUCAUCACAUGCUUGGUGCCUCUGCACGCUUUCGUACUUAUAUGCAUGGGCAGGUUUAGCAUGCGCCUCUACGUCUCGUACACCACAUGGUAUGCUCUUGGCACUCUAGCCAGUAUGCAGAUUCCAUUCGUGGGUUUCCUACCUGUCCGUACUAGCGAACACAUGCCGGCUCUAGGUAUCUUCGGGUUUCUCCAGCUCGUCGCGUUCCUCGAGUAUGUCCGAUCGGCCGUCCCAAGUCGCCAAUUCCAGACGUUCCUCUAUGUCGGUUUGAGUGGUGUCUUUGGCAUUUCAGUCCUCGCCCUAGUUGGUCUUACCACCCUUGGAUACAUUGCGCCCUGGUCCGGUCGAUUCUACUCUCUAUGGGAUACCGGAUACGCCAAAAUACACAUUCCAAUUAUCGCAUCCGUAUCUGAGCAUCAACCUACCGCCUGGCCUGCCUUUUUCUUCGAUCUGAACUUCUUGAUUUGGCUUUUCCCAGCCGGUGUCUACCUGUGCUUCCAGAGGCUCGAGGAUGAGCAUGUCUUUAUCAUUGUAUAUGCCUUAUUCGGAAGCUAUUUCGCUGGUGUUAUGGUGCGGCUCAUGCUUACGCUUACUCCGGUUGUAUGUGUAGCCGCUGCUAUUGCGGUUUCCCAAGUUCUUGACACCUACUUGGUCGCCAGAUCACCAGAACCUGCAGAUAACAAGGAUGACGAGAGCGCCGAUGCGAAGAAAGCCUCAAAGCACGGGGCACUUCGGUCCGCAUCGCAGCCCGUAGUAGGAAUCUACAGCUUCUUAUCGAAGGCAUUUGUAGCAGGAUGCAUGACGCUGUAUCUGCUCCUCUUCGUGCAGCAUUGUACCUGGGUAACUUCGAACGCUUAUUCGUCACCUUCCGUCGUUCUAGCAAGCAGAAUGCCGGAUGGCAGCCAGCAUAUCAUCGAUGACUACCGUGAAGCCUACCAGUGGUUGCGGCAAAAUACUAAAGAAGACGCCAAGAUUAUGUCUUGGUGGGACUAUGGUUAUCAAAUUGGUGGCAUGGCUGACCGGCCUACUUUGGUCGACAACAAUACGUGGAACAAUACCCACAUCGCCACUGUUGGUAAAGCUAUGAGCUCGCGGGAGGAAGUUAGCUACCCGAUCAUGCGCCAGCAUGAAGUUGAUUACGUCCUUGUCGUCUUCGGCGGUCUUCUUGGCUAUUCUGGUGACGAUAUCAACAAGUUCCUCUGGAUGGUGAGGAUUGCUGAAGGUAUCUGGCCCGACGAGGUCAAGGAGCGCGACUUCUUCACAGCGCGCGGCGAGUAUAGAGUCGAUGAUCAGGCUUCGGAGACCAUGAAGAACAGCUUAAUGUACAAGAUGUCGUACUACAACUACGGCUCUCUCUUCCCACCCGGACAAGCCCAAGACCGUGUCCGAGGUGCCCGACUUCCUGACAAAGGCCCAGUUCUCAACACGCUAGAAGAAGCCUACACUAGCGAAAACUGGAUCAUCAGGAUUUAUAAGGUAAAGGACCUCGACAAUGUAGGCCGAGAUCAUGCUGCCGCUGCUUCCUUUGAGAGGGGACACAAGAAGAAGGCAACCAAGAAGCGUGGACCUAGAGUUUUAAGAGUUGAUUAAUGAAAUGGAAUUAUGAAGUAAGGAUACGAGGAAUUACACGGGAGAGAAGAAAAGAUAAAGUGAUAGGAAGGUUAGCCUGCCCUGGGUCAUGGGUCAUACGCUUUGCCGGGAACGCAGCUAUGAAAGGCUUGGCCGCCUCUAUAGGUAUUUAGCAUGAGGCAGGAAAAAAAUAAAAAGAAUAUUUCCCAGUAA